AGACCGCCUCCAUUUUAGCACCGACACCCGGCGGAGGAGCAGCGGCCCGCAGUGGACUGAGCGGCAGGCGGAGGGACACGCUCCUGCGGCGGGAUUCUCCCUCUGACCCCCGGCGGUGGUUUAAAUUGCUCAGGCCUGAAUCAGCCUGUUUCUCGGAUGGCGGCGCUGCGGCAGGACGCAGCCGGGGCGGCGGUGGAUUUGUGAGGAUUUAACGGGUCGUUCUCUGCGGUGAAAUUUCUUGAUUUGGCGGAGGCUCGGAGGCGGAGGAUCGGCUUCUGAUGAUCAGGUUCUCAGCGAGGAUGCGGCAGUGAGCAUGCUCAGAGCGCUGAUCGUUACCAUGGCGAUAUUCGGUGGCGGCCAGGCAUGCGGUCCGGACAACUGCUCGGCUCACAGCGAGUCCAAAGAUUACUGUUACUCUGCUCGUAUCCGCAGCACGGUGCUGCAGGGGCUGCCGUUCGGAGGGGUGCCCACCGUGCUCGCCCUCGACUUCAUGUGCUUCCUGGUGCUACUCUUUGUCUUUUCUAUUCUUCGGAAAGUUGCGUGGGACUAUGGCCGCCUGGCGCUGGUCACCGACGCCGACAGACUGAAGAAACGUUUCAGCGACCUGGAGGAGCGGGAAUACGUUGCCUCAGCGAUGCACUCGGAGACGCCCGACCGCUACGAACGCCUCACCUCUGUUUCCAGCUCCGUUGACUUCGACCAGAGAGACAACGGCUUCUGCUCAUGGCUGACGGCCAUUUUCCGGAUAAAGGAUGAAGAGAUCAGGGAGAAAUGUGGGGAGGAUGCUGUUCACUACCUGUCCUUCCAGCGUCACAUCAUCGGGCUGCUGGUCGUAGUUGGAGUCCUCUCCGUCGGCAUCGUCCUACCUGUCAACUUCUCUGGAGACCUGCUGGAAAAUAACGCCUACAGCUUCGGACGCACCACAAUAGCCAACCUGAAGUCGGGGACGAAUCUGCUGUGGCUCCACACUUCGUUUGCCUUCAUGUAUCUGCUCCUGACCGUCUACAGCAUGAGGAGACACACAUCUAAGAUGCAUUACAAGGAGGACGACCUGGUGAAACGCACUUUAUUCAUUAACGGCAUUUCUAAGUACGCUGAGGAGAGUCAGAUCAAACAGCACUUUGAACAGGCGUAUGAGAACUGCACGGUGCUGGAGGCUCGGAUCUGCUACAACGUGGCCAAACUGAUGGCUCUGAACGCCGAGAGAAAAAAGACGGAGCGCAGUAAGAAGUUCUUCACCGACCUGAUGGCGAAGGAACAUGUUCCGACCAUGAUCAACCCCAAACCGUGUGGACACCUCUGCUGCUGCGCCAUCGCCGGCUGUGAGGAGGAGGAGGCAGUCAGCUACUACACCAAGAGAGAGGCCAAGCUGAAGGAGGAGUACAGGAAGGAGAAGGAGAAGGUCCACACCAAACCGCUGGGCAUGGCCUUCGUCACCUUCCAGAACGAGGCCAUGACCGCCAUAAUUCUGAAGGACUUCAAUGCCUGCCAGGUUCAGGGUUGUCGGUGUCGUCAGGAGCCACGUUCCUCUCAGUUCAGCGAGGUUCUUCACGUUCACAACUGGAGCGUUUCGUACGCGCCUGACCCACAGAACGUCCGAUGGGAGCACCUGUCGCUGGGCGGGAUCUCCUGGUGGAUCCGCUGCUUCAUCAUCAACUGCAUCCUCUUCAUCCUGCUCUUCUUCCUCACCACACCUGCCAUCAUCAUCUCCACCAUGGACAAGUUCAAUGUUACCAAGCCUGUCGAGUAUCUCAACAAUCCCAUCGUCACUCAGUUCUUCCCCACUCUGCUUCUGUGGGCUUUCUCUGCUCUGCUGCCCACCAUUGUCUAUUACUCUGCCUUCUUCGAGGCUCACUGGACCAGGUCUGGAGAAAACAGGACCACGAUGCACAAGUGUUACACAUUCCUGAUCUUCAUGGUGCUCCUGCUGCCGUCGCUCGGACUCAGCAGUCUGGAUGUUUUCUUCCGCUGGCUCUUUGACAGAAAGUUCCUGGCUGAUGCUAAAGUCAGAUUUGAGUGCGUCUUCCUGCCGGAUAACGGAGCGUUCUUCGUGAACUAUGUCAUCGCCUCAGCGUUCAUCGGGAACGCCAUGGACCUUUUGAGGAUCCCCGGUCUGCUGAUGUACAUGAUACGACUGUGCCUGGCUCGCUCUGCCGCUGACCGCCGCAACGUCAAGAGGCACCAGGCGUAUGAGUUCCAGUUUGGAGCAGCAUAUGCCUGGAUGAUGAACGUCUUCACAGUGGUGAUGGCCUACAGCAUCACCUGCCCCAUCAUCGUCCCCUUCGGUCUGAUGUACAUGUUGCUGAAACACCUGGUGGACCGGUACAACAUGUACUAUGCCUACCUGCCCUCCAAACUGGACAAGAAGAUCCACUCCGGAGCCGUCACCCAGGUGGUGGCUGCACCCAUCCUCUGCCUCUUCUGGCUGCUCUUCUUCUCCACCGUACGCACAGGGUUUGAGACGCCAACCUCCAUGUUCACUCUGGUGGUGCUGAUUGUCACCAUCGUGGUCUGUCUGUCUCACGUCUGUUUCGGACACUUCAAGUACCUCAGUGCCCACAACUACAAGAUCGACACCAAGGAGAACGAUGUGGACACUGUUGAAAAUGGACGUCCAGCCCGUCCCUCAUCCUCCCCCUCUACCAAAUCUCAGCAGCAGCUGCAGCAACAGCAGCAGCAGCAGCAGAUGUACAUUGCCCAGGUACUCCAGGACCCAAACUCAGAUGAGCCGGGUGGCGGCAGCGGUGAGGAGGACCGCGGGUCAUCUCAGGAUGAGGAGAUGCUAAAUGGAGGGAACAGUAUCAACGAGGCGGAUUUCCAGUCAGGGGAGGACAGUCUGAUCGCCAACGAGGUCCACCAGUAGCUGGGGGUGGAGCCAGAGGGAGGGGGCGGAACUAAUUGAGGGUCCAUACCCACACAACAUUUGGAAAAUAAAGCUGACUGGAGAAUCACUACACACAUAGAUAUACAAAUAGACUGACACAGUUAGCUCCACCCCCUCCCAGCACGAAGACUUGACCCUGACGGGCGCCGGGUCGCCAGCAUCCAGUCCUGCACGUCUGUGGAAACUUGAUGGACAUCAGAGUGUUUCACAGGAAGUCACUGUACAUAACCACAAAGCCAAAUUUUUUUUUCUUCUGGGGUUGGGGGACAGGGUUUAAAAAUUUGUGCCUGGGCUGGAUUUUGUUUGUUCGCACUUGUGUCUUGACUCCUGAUCCCACCGUGGGCCACCAGGACUCAACUGAGGGGUCAAAGCUGAUGCUAACGUUUUUCCUCGGCCUGGCCGACACCUCCAAACAAACCCCCGCCGUCACCGCUGUCGAGUGCGAAAUAACUCACCAACCUCUCAUAGUGGUAAUAGCCUCGCUUACGCAGACCAUCGCAGUCUCCUCUCCCUCUUCACUUUUCUCCUCUUUCUUUUUGUGAUACCUGUGGGUCGUGGAUUUUGUUGGUACAUUCAACACAUCACCUGGAAGUUUUGGGUUGUUUUUGACCUGCCAAGCUGUCGCUGCAUGUUGUUAAGUGCUGUCUGGAUUAAAGACGUCGCCACCUUCGGACGAUGUUGUCCAUCACAGGACUGUAGUCACUUACCAAAUCUCACCUCGGUCUCGCCAGCACAUCCUUCGCCUGGCCAGAAAAACGUUUUCGGCUUCUCCGCUUCAGUUGAUCCUCUCCUUGGCCAUCAAACAACUGGACUCAACACAACAAUGCUUUCCUUUCUUGGUUUUGAUUUCACCUGAACUACCUUAAAUCAUGAAUACCUGACAAAGGGAUCGGGGAUGUUUGUGUCUGCUUAGGUUUAGCAAUCAAAACUCUUUUCAUUCAUGGGGAGAACUUUGUGAAGAUGCUCUGAUACGUCCGGCGACAGCAGCGGUUGAGUGGUUUGAGCUCGGGUAGACCCAGAAGAGCAGUGCUUUUCAACCAGUCUACCUUUAACGCCUGAAGCUGUCAGGACUCUCAAGGGAAAAUGUGGUUUGUUUGUGUGUGUGUUUUGACGUGUGCGUGUGCGUGUGUGUGUGUCCGGUAGCUCGUUGCAUCAUGAAGGGUUCAACAACAUCAGCAGGUAACACCAUAAUAUUUGGCUAAUGAGUUCCAGCGCUUCUCAAACCAGUUUAUUGUAGAAUUAGUUCAAUGAAAUGUUUUUCUUUACUUUGGUACUAAAACGUUUAAAACGCAUUUAGAAAGAAUAUGAAUCAUGUUUGACUUUAACAUCCUCUACAAACAUCAACAAAGGCCCAGUUUUUACUGCAUUACUGCUGCGGUUCAGUCCUGAGUGGACCAUUAUAUCGAGUCCAGCUGACAUCACAUCACUUGUCAGGUCCAGAGUUAGGUCCAGGACGUCUUAGCCUAGCAUAGUGCAAAGGCUAGAAGCAAGGGGAAACCAUCAAAACAAAAAGAAUCACCUUCCAAUCACUCCAAGUACUUCUGGUUUACAUUGUCUCUUCUUGUUAGUGUCUGUAUAUGUCUCUGAAGUUAUCAGUUUGCCUGGUUUGAUAUUAGAUCAAAUAUUAGCUUUGUGGUUCAGUUUGCUUAGAGUUAGCUUCUCGGUAUUCACCUCUGUUAGCCACUAAAAUCCAGUUAUCUCCUGGAUGGACUUGGCGACUAGCUUGCCAGCUAACACGACUGUUUGCAAGGGCAAAGGAAAUCUGCUAAAAUUUUUAGCAUAGAUUUCAACUCUGAUACGUUCUGACUCACACAAUCGCACCGUUGACCAGCAACAAACCAUUCUGACCUCUGAGCGUACGGAGAGCCAGAGAGUGCAAAAUGGAGGAAGCCAUUGAAGCUUAGUAGUCACGUCUCACUAUGGAAACUGCUCUUCGGACGUGUCUCCAGAGACAUGUUUUACACACAGCUUGGAGACAAGAGGACAUCAGACUGAUGCUGAUUUUAGAAACUGUGGAGACUUUAGUGUUCUGUUAGCUAAGUUAGCUAAAUAUCAGUUUGCUUGCUUGAAGCUCACUAGCUCAAAGAGUGUUUACUUUCUUCAGUCAGUAUUUAUUAAAUUAAAAAAAAAAAAAACAUGAUGAAUUUGAGUAGUGCUCAGCUGGAUGCGAGCUUUCUGCUGUUACUAGACUAAAGAGUUUUUAGAAGAUUGUUUUCUCUCUUGAUGGAGUGAGACUUAUGUUUCCAGCCUUUGUGCUAAUUAGGCUAAACAUGUCCUGGACCUUCCUCUGCACUGGACACACAGACUAGAAAAACAAACCCAGAGAUGCUUUCUCUUCGUCCUGUGAUGUAUCUGAGCUGAAAUGGCGGUCAUGCUGAAUUAUCAUGUGACCAAACGUAAGAGGAAUGUUUCAUGAAAUCGUAAAUUCAGACUCUUUUCAGCUGCUUGAGAAGGAACUUGAACAUCAUGUUAAAUGCUUCAGCUUUGAUGCAGAAUAUUUUCAGGACAGAGGGAGUUUCAGUCAUUGCGUUCCCAUGAUCCUCAUGGUGUCUGAUGAUACUUGUUAGCCUGCUUUUUCAUGCUUAGCCUGUUAGCUCCCCAUCAUGUUCACUUCAGCUGAUCUCAGUUUUUUUCUAUAAAAAUUAAGUUCUGAGUGUCUUCAUGUGACACCUGAAUCUGUCCAUGACACAAUGAGGAUUAACAUGUUUAAACGCACAUGUACUUGCUUUUAACUACAUUCACAUUGUGACGGUUACGCUGCUCAACCGAAGUUCUUCAGCACGAUGAGUUUAGAAAUCAAGUUGUUUCGUUACUGUGGCCAUGACUGUCAGCCUGCCAUUUACUUCCACAGCGUGCAGAGAUGACAGUAGGUUUACCAUCAGCUCUCAGAGCUGUUAUUGAAACAGUGCAUCCUUCAUUUCAGACAGAACCAGACAAAAGCAGCUUCUUGUUUCUAGCUGGCGAGCAUUGAUUUGGUCAGACGAAAUAACAACUGUCACUGGCAAAUUUUGUCAGCUGCUGCUAGCUAGGUAAUUAAGCUAACGUUAGCUCCAUGAGUUGGUUGACUCACGGCUAAGUCUGUCUUUGAAAGACUUUUUUUGGGUCUUAAAUGUGCACUGAAAUGGCUAAAGGAUGCUAACAGACUGCAGCUGAAGCUAACAGGUUCCAUUAGGCCAUUUGUUAUAGUAUAAAGAGGAAAAAUAUAAGAUUGUGCUUUGUUUUGUUUCAUCUUUAAUGUUAGAAGAGAAAAGGUUUUUAGCAUGAAGACCAACUGACGUGUUUAACUAACGUAACUCUGUCUCGGGGACGAUUGGCUGGAGUCAGGAUGGAGCCUUUAACGUUAGCCUAAACUCGGACCUGCUGCCACACAGUGGAUGUUUCAGUCCUGAACGUAACCUGUAGGGUUGUAAAAUGAUAUGUCCAACAUAAACAAACUUAUCUUAAGAUUAAAAAGCAGAACUGUCCAAGUGUGAGCUGCUGAGGUGCAGACAGUCCAGUGUGGCUCAGACUCAUCACAAACUCUUUACAUGUCACAAACAAUGACACGCGUGUUGCAGUCGCUGCAUGUAUGUGUAGUUAAAAAGCAAGUAUGAUGGAGGUGAUGGGGGGAAAGGUCACUGCCUCUUCACUGCUGCCAUUAUUGGUUGCCAUGGCAGCAGGAAAAGGACACUGACUUGGCAGCAGCAUCACCAGGAAGCGAGAGAACACCUUCAAAGAAUAACGCAAAUUUUUUUUAAACAUUUCAGUACAGCGAUGUGAUGGCGACAAUGAAAUAGUCUCAGGUGUUGUUUAUUUUCCUAAAAUAAUGUUUACAUCAGUUUUUGUUGCUCGUAUUGAUUUUUGUCAUGUUGUUCUGCAGAGUGUGUGUGCGUAUGCGUGGACACAGAGCUGGACUAUGAAAGCUGUAGCCACCAGGACGUCAGUUUGGGUCGGCGGCUACACGCCGGAGAACCUGCAGCGUUUGUGUCCAGGUGUUUAAAUGUUUUUGUUUCCUCUUCACUUCCAGCGGGGCGUCUGCUGUCGGGCGCUCCAGCCGCGAUUGUAUGCACGUGAAACUGAAACUGAAGGAGAGCUCACGGUGGAUCUGAGGUCUGAAUCUGAGACUGGAGGUUCAACUCAGCAGCUCUCAACCCAGCCAUCUGGAAAAUACCACAGACUUUGUUUUUGGGGGACGUGGUUUCUGAUUGUUUCUUUAGAUGGUCUCUAUCGAAGGACAAAGUGUUGGUCCUAUUUAGUUUGUAGCAGAGAAUUAUCACCCAAGCUUUAUAGUGAGUUUCAGCUCAUGUAGCUGAGAUAGGUUGACUGAGGAGUUGUUACCUCUGAACAUCGACUUUUGACGACCUGUACAGCUGCAGACAUCUCAUCACCGCUCACUGAUGGUUCUCUGUCACAGUAUUUCACUCUGCUCCAAAGGGAAAAACUUAAAACUGGCAAAACAAUCUCACCCUAAAGUCCAUUCAGUAGCUGUUCUGGACCUUUUGGUCAUAUCACAUGAGCUUCAUCAGCAGAUGGAGUUGUCCCUGAAUUGUAGAUUUCUGCCCUGUUUUUCUCAUCGCUUCCGUCGCGUCCGUUUUGGCUUCAAAGCUGAGACUCAAAGGUUUUCUUGGCCUAAAAACAGCAGUUUCAUGUUAAUGAAGAUCACACGAUAUGGUCGAAAGCUCCUGAACAGCUGCUGAGUGGACCUGGUGAGAUUAUUCAGCAAACUUAUUCAGUGAUUUGUUUUUCAUGAGAAGUUUCGAUUUCUCCAAAAUCUGAAACUUGAAAUUUGAAAUCAAGUUUUGAUUCUUAGAAUGACACAUUUGUCAUUUUGAUUGAUUGAAAUAACGUGAAAGCUCAGUGCUGCAGAACAGAUACGACAGUUCCAACAGGAGGGUAAAACAUCACAGGGUCGGGGGUCAGGAUUUAUCCUGUGGCUCAGGAGCUGAACUGAAGGUUGAGAGCUGCUGUGUUCUCUGAAGUCUCGGGGUGUAGGAGCUGAGGCUCGUUAAAAAGAGUCUGUGUGAUAUUUUUGUAACCUGCUGACUGAAGUAUUUGAUACUGAACUCGUAUUACGGAGGCGUUGGUAGCUGUGACGAUGCUGUUGUAACAUGUAACUAAAGGUUUUUAAUAAUCAGCCGCUGCUUUUUGCUUUUCGUAGUUUUUUAAAUCGUUGCUGAAGUUACUGAAGUUGUGAAAAAAAGAAUGUGAACUGAAGAGUGUGAGAUGGCUCAUCAGCUGAAAGCUACUGAGACAGAAAAAACGUAUUAAAUCAAAUGUGUGUAAAUAGCUAUGGAACUGCACAGUCUCAGCUCACUGACUCCAAGCUAACAGUCAAGUGGUCCAUUUCAUGCUUUUAAUUUAUUGCUGUGACUCUAUUUAUUUUUACUUUGCUUUCCAGGUUGUAUGUACAGUGAAACAUUUGUCCUAUUUAUGUUACCUGAUCAAUAAAAUUGGCUUUCA